GAAAAAGUCUUGAGAAGAACAAAUUUAGACCUCACUUUAGACCUAGCUGGAGCGGUAUGAAGUUGGGUUCAAAAUACAAUUUUGAAAUCUAUGGCACAGCUGCAGGUAGUAGUAAGACUCCUGCUUGCACCAGGCCUCUUAAUAACUCAGCAUGGAGCACAACUGGACCAUCCACAUCUGUAUCAUGUAUCACUGGCAACAGCUCUAAGGAAUAUGGUACAGUGUCAUCAAACUUGCCUAUGUCAUCCCGAGCUAAUACAACUCUGAUGUCAUCAGCAACAAGUAGGGCACUACAGAGGGCUACUAGUUCUGGAAGAUCAUGGAGUUACACCCCUCUUACAUCAAGUGGUGGUAGACUAAGAACUCCUGGUCGGACCCCUGGGAGAACACCUGGGUCUAGGAGUACAGUAUUUGGAAGCUCAAGUACAACCCUUGGCGUCAAUCCUCAGUCUUCGGUUCUUGUAGCCAUUGUAGAAGGGAGAGGUAUAGCUCAGGGUGAAAUAGGGAUGGCUAGUAUUGACCUGAAGCAGCCUGAACUGAUAUUAUCACAGUUCUCAGAUAGUCAGACCUAUGUGAAAGUAACAACAAAGCUUCAAGUAUUGCAGCCGAUUGAGAUCAUUAUGCCUCAUACAGCAUGUGAAGGAGGAGCAAUGACAAAGCUUUUCAAGCUUAUUAGUGAUAAUUUCCAGGGUCUUGAUGUCACAACAGUUCAACGCAAAUAUUUCAAUGAAACAAAAGGUAUUACUCAUAGUAGCAAUACUGAAAUGACAUGA